GGAGCCGGAGGCAUGAGCUCCGUUUAAGUUCUUUGGGGAGGUUAGAACUCCUCCGCCGUGGGGGAAAUGGACUCGGAUUAGGGGCCGGGCGCAGCACCUACCCUUCUCGGCCUUGGUGCUUGCCGCGCCCCCUACUCUCGGGAGACUUGGGAGGGGACGCGCGGGCCCCGUCGCUGCUGGACGGCCGCGAUGGCGCCGGCGGCCGGCGCGUGGGCCGGGGCGCCCGGCUCCCGCCCGGCCACUGUGGCCUUCGUGUGGCUCCUUCUCAUCGCGUGCUGCCCAGACCCUGCCAGCGCCGUGCAGGUGACCGUGUCUGACCCCUACCACGUAGUGAUCCUGUUCCAGCCGGUGACGCUGCCCUGCACCUACCAGAUGAGCAGCACGAUCAGCGUCCCCAUCGUCAUCUGGAAGUACAAGUCCUUCUGCCGGGACCGCGUUGCCGACGCCUUCUCCCCGGCCAGCGUGAACAACCAGAUCAAUGCCCAGCUGGCGGCGGGCAACCCCGGCUACAACCCCUACGUGGAGUGCCAGGACAGCGUGCGCACCGUCAGGGUGGUGGCCACCAAGCAGGGCAACGCCGUGACCCUGGGAGACCACUACCAAGGCCGGAGGAUCACCAUUACCGGAAAUGCUGACCUGACCUUCGAGCAGACAGCCUGGGGGGACAGUGGGGUGUAUUACUGCUCCGUGGUCUCAGCCCAGGAUCUGGGCGGCAACAACGAAGCGUAUGCAGAGCUCAUUGUUCUUGACUGGCUCUUUGUGGUCGUGGUCUGCCUGGCGGGCCUCCUCCUUUUCCUCCUCCUGGGCAUCUGCUGGUGCCAGUGCUGUCCACACACCUGCUGCUGCUAUGUCAGAUGUCCCUGCUGCCCAGACAAGUGCUGUUGCCCCGAGGCCCUUUAUGCUGCCGGCAAAGCGGCCACCUCGGGCGCCCCCAGCAUCUAUGGCCCCAACAUCUACACCCACCUCUCUCCUGCCAAGACCCCUCCACCACCGCCUGCCAUGAUUCCCAUGGGUCCUACCUACGGGUACCCCGGAGACUUCGACAGGAACAGCUCAGUUGGUGGCCACAGCUCUCAGGUACCGCUCAUGCGUGACGUGGACGGCAGUGUAUCUUCAGAAGUGCGCAGUGGCUACAGGAUUCAGGCCAGCCAGCAGGAUGACUCCAUGAGGGUCUUAUACUACAUGGAGAAGGAGCUAGCCAACUUUGACCCUUCCCGGCCUGGCCCUCCCAGUGGCCGGGUGGAGCGGGCCAUGAGUGAGGUCACCUCCCUCCAUGAAGAUGACUGGCGAUCCCGGCCUUCCAGGCCUCCCGCCCUUACCCCCAUCAGGGAUGAGGAGUGGAGUCGCCACUCGCCCAGGAGUCCCAGGCCAUGGGAGCAGGAACCCGUUCAAGAACAACCGAGGGGUGGUUGGGGGUCCGGGCGGCCGCGAGCCCGCUCCGUGGAUGCUCUGGAUGACAUCAACCGGCCUGGCUCCACUGAAUCGGGACGGUCUUCUCCCCCGAGUAGCGGAAGGAAGGGUCGGGCCUAUGCACCUCCCAGAAGCCGCAGCCGGGAUGACCUCGAUGAUCCCCGGGAUCUGCCACAUUCCCGAGACCCCCACUAUUACGAUGACCUCAGGCCUAGGGAUCGGCGUGCUGACCCCAGGUCCCGUCAACGACCCCGAGAUCCCAGGGAUGCUGGCUUCCGGUCACGGGACCCUCAGUAUGACGGGCGACUCUUAGAAGAGGCCUUAAAGAAAAAGGAGUCUGGGGAGAGGAGGAGACUCUACCGGGAGGAGGAGGAAGAGGAGGACAACUAUCCGCCAGCGCCUCCGCCUUACUCAGAGACUGAGUCCCAGGCCUCCAGGGAGCGGCGGAUGAAAAAGAAUUUGGCCCUGAGUCGGGAAAGUCUAGUCGUCUGAUCCCACGUUUUGUAUGUAGCUUUUUUCUUUUUUUUUACUUUUUUUUUUUAAUUGGAAUAUCGAUGGAACUGUUCACCGAGUCUAAUAAAAUGCCUAAUCACAAGA